GCGCUCGGCAAGUCGAUCUUUUCAGACAGUUCUUCCGUGCCUUGUGCUGUGGUCUGUGCCAUAGUUUGUGGUCACAACACACACACGCAUCGCGACAAGUGAGUGAGUGAAACGGAGAAAGAGAAUAGCAAAUACAAUAAAAAAACGAGUCCCCUCCUGGUGUUUUUGUUACUCUUUUCUGGUCCAGAGGGUGUUGGACGCGAGCGAGAGUGAGAAAAAUAAAGAAAAUAGUGAACUCUUUUCUAUACCGAGACAUAACGGGUUUUAAGGAAUUUUCGACUAUCAGCGUUGACCAAUAAAGGAAUUAGUUGGGGGUUGCGUUAAAGUUUGGGUAGUGUCAGUCACAUGUGAUCAGGUGCGGUCCAGUUUUGUGAUCCUGUUGGGUGGUGAAAUCUGAUGUGCAACGCAUCACGGUCUGCAGCAGUAUCAUGUCCGCGAGAUGGUUACUACUCUUUCUGGCCACAGCCGCUGCCAUCGCCGCCUACGUGCACGCCUGGCGUCCGUGUUCCGAGUUGGAUGCUGCUCUGAAACUGCCUUGCAGAUGCAACAUCGAAGCAGUUGGUAACAACAGCCAGUAUGGGUUCAUCGCCAUCGAUUGCGAACGAACUGCCCUGUCUAAUAGCAUACCGGCCAAUUUGCCGGUUAUAUCCUUUUCCCAUCGAAGCAGUGGACUUACAUCGAUCCCAGAUUUAUCACCGCUAAGUGCUUCCAUUAGGAGGCUAGAUUAUUCCAACAAUGGAAUUCGAUCGUUGCCGGACAAGUCCUUUUCUGCAAUCGGGGAAUACAUAGUGGAGCUACGUUUAUCGAACAACCUGCUGGGAGACAACCUGAAUCCAAUCUUUUCUACAACCGAGCUACAAACGUUGAAGAAUCUCAGAGUCCUGGAUCUCUCCUACAACAAACUGAUGGCAUUAGAUGAGGGUAUCUUCGUAGGCUGUCGAAAACUACAAGAAAUCUCACUCGAUGGUAAUAAACUAUCAACGGUUCCAGCGACAUCGUUCAAGGAUUUACCAGCUUUGAGACAAAUCUCAUUGAAGAACAACUUGAUCGAGAAUGUUUCCUCCGAAUCGUUCACACUUGCUAACAAAUUAGAGCGAAUUGAUUUACGCUUCAAUAGAAUUCACAGUUUGAAGCCAAAUUCUUUCGCGAAUUUGCAGACAAUGAAGGAAUUAUUACUGGCGGGAAAUUUGAUUAGCGUGAUCGAUGAGCGAACAUUCAUGGGUGCUGAUUCGAUUCAAAAACUGGAUUUGUCUGAUAACUUGAUCGAAGAAUUCCCUACCGCUGCGCUAAGUUCUAUAGAAUCGUUGAAAGUGUUGAAUCUUUCUUUGAACAACAUUGACAAACUAGAAUCGAAACACUUGCAGCAGUUGCGUAAUCUCCAGAUAUUGGAUAUCAGUAGGAAUGUAAUCACAUCCGUAUUACCGGGAACAUUUCGCGAGCAAGCUCUUCUGAAAUAUCUGGACCUCAGUCUGAACUCCUUGCGAACUAUCGAAGAUGACGCCUUCGAAGGCUUAGACAACCUGCAGACGUUGAUUCUACGGGAUAAUAAUAUCUUCCUCAUUCCCGGUAGUGCACUAGGAAGAUUACCUCGGCUUUCAAAUUUAUACUUGGACUACAAUCGGGUGGCAGCUUUGUCAUCGAGCAUUCUAAAAUCGAUACAACCAGAGAAUAUCCGAUAUCUGUCUUUGUCGCGAAACGUCAUUCGUGAGCUACCCGCUGAUAGCUUCACCUCCUUUAAAAAGCUUAUCUAUCUCGACAUUUCCGGAAAUAGUCUGGGAGUGAUCAGCGAAGAUACGUUCGCUGGACUAGACAAUACACUGCUUGAGAUUAAAAUGUCGUACAAUAAGAUUUCAACGUUCCGUAAAAUAAUCCUUCCCAAGCUGCGACGGCUUGACAUCAGUUCGAAUAGUAUCGAUGACCUUGCCGUAGAUGCAUUCCAUGGAUUGAGCAACCUGCUCUAUUUGAACAUGAGCACAAACGAACACAUUUCGCAGAUCACGAGAACUAUGAUCUAUCCAUUAACGAAACUUCAGGUUAUCGACAUUAGCAAUUGCGGUCUGAAAGUUAUACAGUCCGAUCUGUUCCACAACAACACCGAACUGCGAAUUGUGCUGUUGAGUCACAAUAAUUUGAAAGUGUUGGAAGAGAACACCUUUAUGACAUUAAACAAUCUAUUCAGCGUAGACUUGUCACAAAACGAACUCAUUUCCAUCAAACCUCGCACUUUCGUCAACACAAUCAACCUUAGAACAUUGAAUCUGCGUGGUAACAAGUUGAAGGAAUUCAAACCAGAUCAUUUUACCAGCGAAACCGCUAUGGAAGUGAUCGAUCUUUCGGAGAACGAAAUAAGCGUGUUUUCUCCCAAUGCAUUUAAGAUUCAUCCACGUUUGCGCCGUAUUGUUCUAGCAAAGAAUAAAAUUCAAAGAUUUACUCCCGACCUGGUUAACACACUCAAUUUCUUGGAAGUAAUCGACUUAAGUGAGAAUCAAUUGACCAUGAUCGAUCAACUAGAUUUUGCUAGGUUGGCGAAUCUACGGGAACUGUACUUUGCUAACAAUCAGAUAGAAAUUCUAAGUGAUAUGGCUUUCCACAACUCAACUCAGUUGCAUAUCCUAGAUCUGAGCAGCAAUAAGUUGGAACGGUUAACUGAGCGAUCUUUCGAAGGGAUGAUUAGACUGGAAAGGUUGGAUUUAAGUCACAACGUAUUGCAAGAACUGCCGGAAGGAAUUUUCGAUAGAAGUCGCGUUCAAAAAGUGGAAAAUUUAAUUCUAACCAACAAUAGCUUCCGAUUGAUUCCAUUCACGGCAUUAAAGGAUCAACACGACCAUAUUUAUACGCUGGACAUGAGCUAUAACCAGUUAAAGGAUAUUCCAUCGACGAACACUUACAUGGUGAUGGUCAAUAUUAAGAAUAUUGAUUUCUCUUUCAAUCCUUUAUCGGACCAGGCAAUUAAAUUGUUACUCGAACAGCCAAAAACGGCACGUCAGCUGAAUCUGGCACAUACCGGUAUUGAAAGGUUGCCAAUUCUUGAAACGCCGUAUCUACAGAUGUUGAAUCUGUCUAUGAACAAUAUCAGUGUUGUGAAUGAUCGCGUGUUUGAUAAAACUACGCUACUGGAAGAGCUCGAUCUUUCAUCCAACAAUAUCGAGAACAUCGAUGCGAUGAAGCUAGUGUGGCCAAAGUUGACUUUGUUAAACUAUUUGGACAUCUCGUUGAAUCCAAUCAAGUCUAUCGUAGCGCAUGCCUUUGACUCUCUGAAUGCCCUGAGAACACUUAAAAUUAGGGAUCUCUCACAGAUAACAAGACUGGAAAAAAAUGCCUUCAAACCCCUGAACAGUCUUUCGACGUUGGAAGCGUUCAACUUUGUUAAAUUGGGUUAUAUCGAUGUGCAAGGUAUUCUGCAAGAACUUCCCUCGUUAGCAUCAAUUGAUAUCGAUGUUAAAGAUUCGGUACUGGAAUCCGAUCAGCUACAGGUUAUUGAUCAUCCCAAGCUAAACCAUUUGGGAUUGUACGGGUACAUGUUACAGAGUCUAUCCUCGGGAAGUUUCGCAGGUCUCCGGAAUAAAAUGCUAAGUGUUAGUCUCAAAAACACUUCGUUGACAUCUUUGCCUCCAGCACUCCUUCUUCCUUUACCGCGAUCAUCGCAUAUCGAUCUGGAUAUAUCAGGUUCAAGAAUAACCACUCUUACUCAACCAUUUUUGAGUUCGAUGGACGAUCGAAAAAAUAGUUUGUCGAUUGCUGGAUUGAGUGCUAAUCCGAUUCAAUGCGACUGUCAAGCAAGAGCUUUCCGUAGAUGGAUUAUGGCUGCCAAGAUAGUUGAUGUCCGAUGUUCCUCUCCAGAGAACGUGCAAGGACGACUUUUAGUAGAAGUUGGUGAUAACGAGUUGGUAUGUGAACAGAAGAAAUCAAUGACAACUACAACAACAUCAACAACAACGAGUCGUACAUCAACAAUCACGUUCACAAACUACACAUCCAUCUACACUCAGGUAAUCACGAAAGCUACACCAACUACCGAGCAAGACAUCAUUUGGAGUGUGGCACCAACAUCAAAAGCAAAGACCAAAACAAAAAUGCCUCCAAGGCAGCAGAUGCCAAUCACUAAUGAUGACACUCUAAUAAUAGGAAUCGUUGUGGCAGUAAUUGUCUUUAUCUUUUUGGUGAUACUCAUUAGUUGCAUUUGUCGAGUGCGGUGGAGCAAUGACACCUACCGUGGCCCACCAAUCGGAUUAUCGACUAUGCAUCCAAAUGGAAUGCAAGUUAAUUACAAGAGUGGAAAGGGUACCCCUAUCUACCCAAUGGUGGCACCAUAUGGUCAAAAUUAUGCUACACUUCCAUACAAACAGAGCUCUUCGCCAGAUGCACAACCACGACCAAAUUACUCUACAAUUGGUCGGAUCCCUUAUCAGUACCAAAAUCAGCACGUGAUGGCACCAGGUUCCCAUCACUCUGCGGCUUCUCUGCAUUCAGUUCAUUCGGGCCAGAAUCCCUACAUGGCAUACCAGGAUGACAAAGCCUACCGAUAGUAUUCACAUUUCCGAAUCUUUUCAUUGAGAUUUUCUUUUAGUCUUUAAUUUAUUUGUAACUGCUAAGUACAAUUUUCUUUAUUUUAAAUUAAUCUAUUUGUAAAACAAGUGCGCGAAAGGAAAGCUGCCAAUCUCUUGUCACUGUAUAAAAUACUUUGCAGAACAUUGUGUGACAUGGAGUAAAAAUACUGAAUGAAAUGCUCAAGACUAUUUAGUAAGAAUAAUUUCUGUAGACUCUUGCGCCGGUGAAAUUUUCUUCGACGGUUGUAGCAAGAAAUAUUGUUGAAUAGCUCUAUAGAAGAAAUUAUACUUGUCUCCGCGUGGUGCUGGAAACAAAUAUAAGACGAAACGAUAGCACACUGUAAAUCUGUCUCUUGUUUCUGUACUUUUUCGUUUAAAAAUAAAAAUGACAAAACAAACAUUAAAAA